AUGAAACCGAAAACCAACAGGAGGCCGCAGGCAUCGAGCCGACAACCACAGCCGCCGGACGAGCCGCAAAGGCCGCCACCUUUCCGGCCACCCCCAGAAGCACGACCUCGGGUGAACACCAAUGCAACCGAAGUGCAGCAAUUACACGCAAUAAGCGUGGACGUCGCCGGGUCAGCCGCUCGAACUCGCCCGAGGGCAUCCAGGCAGCCCCUGGAGCGCAGCGUCAGCAAAGCCACCACCCGAAGUCGGCCGCGCCCAAAACCAGCCGAAAUGGAAGCGUUGCCGCGACAGACGCCGCUCAGCACCAACGCCCGGAAGCUCCCGACCACCAAGCGAGCCCCAACGCCACGGGAAGCAGACCAUGAAGCUGGUGCUGCGACAGAGCCGAGCGCUGCCCAAACCUCGACGCACUCCGCAGGCCAAGCGAAGGCCCAGCGAGGCACGGCAACGAGCACCGUCACGGCGGAAGCCAGCACCGAGAAGCAACUCGUGGAGAAUGCGCAAGAGACGUCAGCAACAACAGCGACUGCAUGCUCGAAUGACGAUGGGGCGCCUGCCCGUGCAACUGCCACGACUCACGUCGAGACGACGCCGCCUCACCCGAAAGCGACGCCAACCCCGACGACGACCCGUCCGCCAACUGCCGAGAUCAGCACACAACCGGCCAUGCCUGACACAUCACCCCCACAAGUAACACCGGUGGCCGAAGUCCCAGAGUUCCUGGAAGGGCUGGUGCUGACCAGACAGCAUUUCAUCAAGCGAUCCAGGCGAACGCUGUUCUUCCGGGGCCGACGUCUAGCCCUCCAGAAGCUAGAAGGCGACCGGGUUCUGGUGCGAUACGGCGAGGACAGAUGCGUGCUGCACUUAUAUGACUAA